UAAAGUUAACAAGCGAUAAUCGAAGCCACCGACUCAGUUCGCCCCAAACCAACAACCACAAUCACAGUCCCGAGCGUCUUCACUUCACCUUCCCUUCUACUUCAACAACGCGGCUUCAACUCUCACAUGAGGAAUAUCCAUCCAUUCGGUAUCGCCUGUCGCUAUCAACAAUUGUAACAUGCCUUCAGCUCCUACUCGUUCCUUGAGCAACUUCCUCAACUCGGCAUCAUCGUCCUCAGGUCGAAAGAGGUCUCACGCUGAGAUCACCCGUUCAGCAAGUCGAAGUGUGAGUCCAGAUUUGCCUUCUAAACGCCGACGCCUACGUCCGAUGUCGACCUCCCCGUCAAGCCUCUUUUCGGGGUCACCUCCACCCGAGCCUGCGGUACCACGAUUGGAAAGAGACGGCUACGACUAUCGAAGACCAGUUAUGUCUACCACACUCAACCGACUCUCACAGGCGCCCGACGAGGGCACGAUCGACCUGACCGGCGAAGAUAGCGAUGCCACCACAGUCACAGACGCUUCUCCUCAACCUUCUACGAGACGACAUGUGCUGCCGCAAUCGACCGAAACCAGACAAUCUCAUGCUCCUCCCUUUACAAGAAGACAAGAACACCACGAUCACGAGGUGAUAGACUUGUCAGAGACUUCCGACUUCCAGAUCGAAGAGUAUGAGGUGGAUAGCGACACAGAAUCAGAACGGUUUGCCCACAGUCUCGGCUCUAGUCCAGAAGUCCAGUUCCUCCAUGAAAGACCUGCCCCUUCGGGGAACCGCCGACCAGAGCCUCCGAGAGGCCCACAUCAUCGUCUGACGCCUCCACAUCCAGAUAGAGGAGGACCAUUUGGCUAUCUGCCGGAUCUAUUCAGAAGAGGGACGCAAUUCAUGUUUGGGAAUAUGCAAAACGCCUACGACGAUAUGUUUGCAGAGCGGUUCGACGGGGCUAGGCCCAGAGACAUGGGUGCUAGGCGGAAUGAGGUUGCGCCAGCAAAUGAGCCGGGGCCAGAGUUACUUAUUCACAUGGAUUACAGACGGCCUGCGUUCGCACUUGGGGGCCUAGAAAUAUUUGAUCGCAGUUCGGAGACGCCGCAGGUGGUACAAGAACCAUACAAAGCUCCGCCGGCGCCUAAAGAUGGUUUCAUACGGUCGUUUAGCGAGGACGAUAUAGUGUUAUGUCCUCGUUGUGGUGACGAGCUGGCGAUUGGGAAAGACGACACAAAGGCGCAAGUCUGGGUUGUCAAGCAAUGUGGGCAUGUUUACUGCGGAGAAUGUGCUGGAAGCCGACCUCCCAUUAAAGGAGGUAGAAGGAAAGCCGUCGUCAAACCACCUCCUCUGUUCAAAGAGUGCGUGGUCGAUGAUUGCAAUAGCAAGUUGACCGGCAAAUUGGCCAUGUUCCCAGUCUAUUUGUGAUAAGACUGGUCUUGGUGCGUUCCGGGGUUUGAGUUGAAGCUCUUGAAAAGGGCAUGUGUCGCCGAGGGGAAGGGGAACUCACGGCAUAGAUGGCAUACCACUCUGAUGGUUCUCAAACGAUUCAUGAAGACGACUCAUGAACGACGAGGAAUGAUUCUUAUGACGCUUGGAAUGCCUUGCGUUUUAUUGUAUGGUACAGACGAAGCGUGGCGUUGGGGCAAUAUGAUAGUACCUGCCUGCCAAAUAGCCCGCUUUAAUGCUUACGAUCUCAGGCUGGAGAUUUCCAUGCCUUUCCUUG